CGCGAUAAACAAGUUUUUUUAAUGAUAGACGUUCCGUUGUUUUUGUUUGUUUUUUUUCUCACGUACACGCGAACUACGAUGAAACAAGUGGGUGUUUGAUGGUGAUUCGUUUCGUGUUAGCGUGUGUUAGUGUCUGUCUACGUGUGAUUUUAAACGCAAUUUAAUUAUAAAUCUUCAUUCCGUUCGGUGGAAAACGAUCGGAUUUAAUCAUCGUCGAUAUUAAUAAUUUUUCCGCCCGCUAGUAAAACUGCCAAAGCCUAUCCACAGUAGCCGUUAAGCAUCAACAACAUUCAUACAACGAUUGUAUCAGGUAAAUCCAUCCGUAUAUCUAUUAAUAACAAUAAUAUUUCAAUACACAGGACCUAUAUCAUAGGUUAAUUUAAAAUUAAUUGAUGAUAAAAAAAACCAGCGGUCUGGAAAGAAAAGUAGUCAUGUGCGUCUGUCUGUAGGAGGGGAAAAUGUGUAAUGGUUUUCGUUAGAUUACAAUUGUUUAUUGUAGGUAUAGUACCCAUAACCUUAACUGAUCACCAAAAAUCUAUUCCCGAAAUACUCUAAUAUUUAUGGUUAAGUAUAAGAUUAAGUUUUUAAAAAACUAACCACCCAUCAAUAACUAAUGACUAGAGUCUACCUACUUGCUGAAUAUCAUUUCUUUAAUCAUUAUUAAUUAUUAAAAUAUGUUAAUUUGAACAGGUCUAUCCAUAUAGUAGGUAAAAUAUGAAUAUCUUAAUAAUAAGGACACAUCAUAAUAGUAUUUAUUCUGUUUUAAAUAAUUUAUUACAAUGUUUAUAAUUUACCAUAACAAUUAUUUCAUAUAACUAUUGUUUUAUAGUUAAAUAUAAAAAUAAUAUUUUCCAAAAAUUAUGAGUUCAAUUUAUUGCAUUUGUAUUAAAUGGUAUAGUAAAGAAAUUGAGGAUAAUUUUAAAGUCUUUAUGUUUGAUUGUCUAUCAAUUCAAUGUUAACAAUUAUUCACUACGUUAAAACCCAACUCCUAUCUACCAAAAAUAGUAAGUUUUUAACAAUAUACAUUUUAUGAUAAAAUAAGCUAUAAAAACAAUUUAAAUUUAUAAUUUGAAGCUGAUUUGUAUUACAAGUACAGUUGUCGCACAUAAAAUAGUUUUACUAUCAAAUUAUGGAGACUAUUGCAUCCUCUUAACUAACCUGAAUUUGGUUAUCUGUAUUUUAUAUAUAUAUAUAUAUAUGUAUUAUACUUAUAUUGUAUAUAUAUAUAUAUUUAAGUUAUUUUUCAUUCAUAUUGAAUUUUUUUUGUGAGUUAUGUGUAUUUCAGACUUCUAAAGAUAUAUAUUUUCAUUGUAGGUAUUAUGUCAUUGCAUUAUAAUGUAUAUUUAUUGUUUAGGUACUUAUUAUCAUUCUAAAUAAUGAUAGAAGUUUUAAUAUGAAUAUUUUCGUUAAAAUUAUUAAAAAUAAAUAUUAAGUACAGGCACGUACUGGCCAUCCAGAUUAUCAUGAAUUACCUGGUGGACCCUUCUUAUGUAGGCCCUUGAUUUUACCUAUUUUAAUUUUUUACUUCCUUAAAUUACUUAUUGUAACUUUGAGAUUUCUUAAGUAGGUAGGCUGUACAGGCUACUACUUAAAUAAUAUUUAUGAUUUAUGAUUAUAAAUGAGUCCUAUUUAAUAAUUUCCCGGUACCGAAAUAGAAUCCAGUACAUGCCAGAUUAGAUACCUAAGUAUUUGUAAGUAUGUAGAUUGUUAGAUAAUUUGGUACUGUUUAUUGUAAUAUAUUUAAACCAAAUUUUAUAAUUCUUGGGGUCUAGUAGAAAUUUUAUAAACACCAGUAAUAGUUUUUUUUUUUUUUUGGCCAGCGGUAAAGGAUUUUAUUCUUUUAUAUAACUCCAAGAAUUACUUUGAUGUAUUAGUAGUUACUUACCUAAAACUUUGUAAUAUUAUUUUAAAUUAAGAAUUAAUUCAAAAUUAAUAUACACAUAGGUACAUAAGUAAAUAUUAUUAUAUUAUAUUAAUAAUAGGUACAUAAGUAUAUAUUAUUAUAUUAUAUUAAUAUCAUCUUUUUGAUAAAGGAUAUUAAACUUUUUAAUUUGAUCUCCUAUAUAUCUAUAUUUAUAAUUUUUUUCCUUUACAAUUACUUGUUUAAAAUAUAAUUUAUUAUGCAUAGAUAAAUGUUCAACAAAACCAACAGUCUAAACAUGUAAUAAAUAUUUUAUUAGGAUACGAGUAUUUAUUGUUUACAUAUUUGAUAAAUCCAUGUAAACCAUUUAAGUUGAACAUUUCACAAAAUAGACUAUAAAUUAUAAAAUGUUGGGCACUUAAAAAAAAAAAUUGGCAUUUAUCAAAAUGGAGUUGAACUUAACAUAUACUUUGACCUCAUAAAAUAAAAUCAAAACUAAAACAUACAUUUAUUAUAAAGUUAUAAUAUUUAAAUUAAUGAUCAUUUUCAUUUAUUAUUAUUAUUCCAAUAAUACUCCUUUAAUUGUUACUAUGAUAGCUUUGUGUAAUUUAUUUAGACAUUUACUAUUAUUAUUGACUUUAUAAAAUCUAUUUAGAAAUAAGGUGAAAUAAUUUGUGUGUCUUAUUUGUAUUAUAUAUAUAUUUAAACUUUGGCAUGUAUUUCUAAAGUCUUAAAAUACCACCAGACUAGUGGCCAAUUGGGAUUUGGGAAAAUAUAUCAUUUCCAGGUCAUCUGGCCUUCUUUCCACAUCUAAAUACUUAUUAUACAAAAUUGUUAUAUUUGUUUUGAAUUAAUCAUUAAAAUCCUAAAACUUGCACUUAUUUAUAUAUUUAUAAUUAUUAAAUGACAUAUCAAGAUUGUGGUUUUUCUUGUUACCUACGUACAAAUCAUAAUUUGUUUAUAUAUAUAAUUUAAUUAAUAUAUCUAACUUCUUGUUUAUUAACCAUUGUCAUAAAGAUUUGUAUUCUUUAAGUAGGUAAGUGUCAUAGAAAUAUAUACAUUUUAUUAAGUAGGAGAAAAUCAGCUUGUCAUGCCUCUUUGGUGACCUCGUUGUAUUAUUACAAGGUUACAUGAAAUCAUAGAACAAUCUAACUGGUUAAAUAGCAUUACACAUUUUUUUUUAAACUCAUUUCAUGGUAAUUAAUGCACAUAUUACCAAAUAAUUUAUUUGCAUCCUAUAUAGAUAUCAAUAAUUUUAAUUAUAAAAUUACAGUCAAAAUAGAGAUAACAUGACGUAUCAAAUUUAAUACUUAUAUUAAAUACUAUUAAUUAUAUAUAAUUUAAAUGUCAUCUACUGAUAUAAUAUAAAAAUAAAUUUGGUACCUACUAGUGCAGUAGUGCUGUAUGUGUUCUAUCAACAUUUAUUUGAUAACCUAAGUAUUUAAUACAAAUAAUAGCCUACAAAUAUACAUUAAUCCAAGCACAACCCUUGCUUUUGAACGAAGGGAUGUUAUUAUUACACGUUAAAAAAAUUUGAAUUACAUUUAUUGUUAAUUAAAAUUGUUUCAAUGAUGUAAUAUAUAUUAUUACAACUUUUUUGGGUACUCUAUAAAUUAUUAAAAUAUACUGUAUUUUUAUUAAAGUUUUCCUUAUGUAUAAUGAUUUUAAGUAUUAUAAUUCAGUGAUGACAAAUUAAUUUGAAAAAAUAGGUAGACUUAUACAACACUAGUACUGUAAAUUCAUCUUUCAUUUAAUAUACAUCUUAUAACUGUAAUUUUAAAAACAAAAUCUGAAAUUUAAUUUGAAAAUAAAUAAGUACUAAUAUUAUCCUUAUGAUAAUACAUUGUAAUUAAUUAUACCUAGGUACUUCCAUAUUAUAAGAAGUAUAUGUAGUUAGACAUUUUGUAUACCUGGUAUUUUUUUAAUGUUAAAAAAAAAUGUUUAUUCUAUUUUAUUUAGAAUGUAAAUUGCAUUGUGUCUAGUUUUUAAAUGGUACUUGGUUUUAUUUUCAUUUCUUUGUUAAUAGGGAAAAGUAAUUUUCAAAUAAAGACUAAUCCAAGAUAUUUGACUGUAUACAAGAAUUGACUGUAAAAUAAUAUUGAUAUACCUAAUCGAGUUUAUCUUUAUAAUGGAUUAAACAUAAACAAUUAUUUAAAUAUCCUUUAAACUUGUACAAUACUCUAUUCAGGAUAAGAUUGAACCCCUUUUGUGCAUUCAAAUUAAUCCACCAAGCAAGUCCAGACUCCUAAUCAGUGCUACAUGUCUUGUCAUUAGUCGUACAUUUUCAAAAACAAUUAAAUUUGUACUUACAUGAUCAUUUAGUUAUAUUUAUAGACACUAUUAUGUAAUAGUAUUAUUACAUGACGUAUAAAAUUGAUUUAGCACCUAGGCUGGGCACCACUUUUAAGGUAUUACUAUCUAAGUAUUUUAUAAUUGUAUUUUAUUUUGGGACCAAUGCAUAACUAAAAUAAGUUAUUUCAUUUACAAUAUUGUUUAGUCUGUAACAUGAUUUAAAUUUAUAUUUUGUAUUUUAUAAUUAAAUUACCUAUUAAUUUAAAUAAUUUUUUUAACAGACAAUAUGGAAACGGUUCAAAAUGCAGUUGGUCAUGGUAAACCAAUACCUAUUGUCUUGGCAGAAGAAAAUCAUCAAUUUAUACUAGAUGAAGCAGCUCUUGAAGAAAUACUGCUCAAGGACGAAAUUAAAGAUAGAAAUGUUGUUGUUGUUUCUGUUGCAGGUGCCUUUCGUAAAGGGAAAUCAUUCUUAUUAGAUUUUUUUCUCAGAUAUAUGAAAGCCACAGUAAAUAAUGAUUAAAACACAUUUUAGCUGUAAUGUUUAAUAUAUAAUAAUAUUUCAGUAUCAUUUAAAUCUUAUUAAAGAAGAUACUCAUUGGAUCGGUUCAGAUGAUAAGCCAUUAGAUGGGUUUUCUUGGCGUGGUGGAUCUGAACGAGACACUACGGGUAUACUCAUGUGGUCAGAAGUGUUUAAAGCUACUUUGGACAAUGGUGAAAAAGUAGCCAUUAUUCUAUUGGACACCCAAGGUACUUUUGAUAGUGAGAGUACUGUUAAAGAUUGUGCUACAGUCUUUGCAUUAAGUACUAUGCUUAGUUCAAUACAAAUUUACAAUUUGUCUCAAAAUAUACAAGAAGAUGAUUUACAACAUCUACAAGUAAUCUAAUAAAUCAUAUUUUAUCAAAUUUUAUCAAAUUACUAAUAAAAAAAUAUGUUUUAGUUGUUCACCGAGUAUGGGCGUUUGGCGCUUGAAGACACCGGUAAAAAACCAUUUCAAAAAUUACAGUUCUUAGUUAGGGACUGGAGUUUUCCAUAUGAAGCAGAUUAUGGUGCAGAUGGAGGUCAACAAAUAUUAGAUAGAAGAUUACAAAUAUCUGACAAGCAACACCCAGAACUUCAGUCUCUUAGAAAACAUAUAAAAUCUUGUUUUUCUGAGAUCAGUUGUUAUUUAAUGCCUCACCCUGGUUUAAAAGUUGCUACUAAUCCCAAAUUUGAUGGUAGACUUUCAGGUAAUAGAUAAAUUAAUUUUUAAUUUUUCAAGUGUAGUAAAUUCAACUAAAAAGUAUUUUUUUUUAGAAAUUGAAACAGAAUUCAAACAGAAUCUUUUAACAUUGAUACCUAUGCUGUUAAGGCCAAAAAAUUUAAUAUUAAAAGAAAUUAGUGGACAAAAAGUAAAAGCAAAAGAGUUAGUGCAGUAUUUCAAAUCUUACAUCAAUUUGUUUACUGGAGAUGAAUUACCGGAACCAAAAUCUAUGCUUGUUGUAAGUUUUUAGAUUUAUAGAAAAUGUCAUAGUAGCAUUUGCCGUUUCUGUCUUUCUAAAAGAUAAUAUAAUAAAAUUACAUUACUUACAAUUUUAAUUGUGGCAGUUAGGUUUAAAUUAUAAUUCAAACUUUAACCACAAAAAACAAAAUUGUUAAAGGAUACUAAUAUGUUCAAUAGUAUCACAAGGCCGCCUUCAUAUUAACAGUUACAACAAUAAAGUUAUAUCUAUUUAAAAAAAAAAAAAAAAAAAAAAAAAACUUAUAUACAUGUAUUUUAUUUGUUUAACAAUAUUCUAGGUGAAAAAAUCUUUUUGAUUUUCUCAAAAAUAUUUUCCUUUUUAAAUUCUAAAUUACGGAAUUUACCUAUAGAUAGACAAGUAAGGCAAAUGUUACUGUAAUAUACUAUUAAGUAAAAGUGAAACAUAAAAAUAUAAUUACAUUUAAUAAUGAAUGUUAGGCAACUGCUGAAGCAAACAAUUUAUCUGCCGUUGCAUCAGCUCGAGAAGUGUACCAUCAAAUGAUGGAGGCUGCUUGUGGUGGUAACAAGCCAUAUAUGAAUACUAACUCUCUAGACGAGGAACACUUUAAAAGCAAAGACAAGGCUAUGGAACAAUUUAUUAUUAAGAGGAAAAUGGGUGGUGAUGAAUUUUCAGAGUCAUACAAACUUAAAUUAGAAACUGUAAGCCUGUAUAUUAUAUAUAAUAUAAUUAUUAUAUGAAGGUAUUUCACACCAUUUUUUUUAGGAUAUUGAUGAAGAAUAUUUACAAUUUAAAUCCCACAAUGAAAGCAAAAAUAUAUUUAAAUCUGCACGUACGCCAGCUGUAUUCUUUGCAAUAGCUGUUUUAUGCUAUUUCAUUUCUGGAUUAUUCCACUUCUUUGGAUUAUACUCUAUAGCUAGUUGUGUUAAUUUAAUAAUGGGCAUUGCUCUUCUCAUCUUAAUAUUAUGGGCUUAUAUAAGGUAAAUAUAUUAUAAAAAGGGAUUUAAUAUUACAAUUUUUAUUUUUUCAAAUAAAUACAUUUAUGUUACAAAACUUGACAUCGUUUACAGGUACAGUGGAGAACACAGAGAAAUAGGUGAAGCUAUUGAUGAUGCUGCCAAUAUCACUUGGGAUAAUGUAAGAAUUUUAAUAAGCUAUUAAUUGUUUUAUUGUUACGGUUAUUGAUGUAUACAAUUUGUUUAGUUUAUGAAACCAAGUUAUGAAAUUUUUCUUCAAAAAGGGAUAGAACAGGCCGCAAAUCAAGCAAUGAAUAUGGCUGUGAACAAUUCGACAUCGCCUAUAUCUGGUGUACAAUCGCCAUUUGGCAAAAAACCUAAUAUGCAAAGAAUGAAUUCUCUUAGUGAGAUGAACGGAAGAUUUAAACAGUCAUGAUAUAACAUUUCCUCAUGAUGCCGUUGUUAAGUCGGCUCAUAAUUUGGCCAAACAGCACAAUAUGAUAACUUACUGUGAUUGUGUAUGUAUAUAUAUAUAAUUUAAUAAAAUAUAUAAAAAUAUAAUUUAAUUAUAAUAAGUUAUCAUAUGUGUGCCAAAUUUUGAGCCGAUUAUAAAUAUAUAUAUGUAUAGAAAAUAAAUAUUGUAACGUUAUAUCUACUUGUAUGUGAAUUAUAUUAUGAUUAUCAGUUAUCAUAAUUUUUAAAUGUUAAUAUGUAUUAAUAUUUAAUACUGUUAAUUGUGUUGAAUUCGAAGAUAUUUAUUCUAUUUUUUUAUUUAGUGUUUAACUAAACAAAUCAAUUUGAUAAGGAUUUUUGAUCCGGAAAUAUUUCUACUAAAAAAAUUAUUUUAACAUGGUAAAAAAAAAAUUGAAUUAAUUACAUCUAAUUAUUUUCCAAUAGAAAUCCCAUUUUUUUUUACAUUAUAGUCUUCCAAUUACCUUUAUGUAUUUUAACCAUACUUUUUCUUAAAAAAUGUUAAAAUUGCUCAAAACACAGAAACUAGAAAUAAGCCGUAUACUAAUUUCCUAUAUCCUACUCUAUAGGUAUUAUUUUAUUAUUAUUAAUAUUAUUCUUAACAAUGUACGGCUUUGUAAUAAUGUCUUUAAGCCUUACUCGCCAAUAAUGUAUUCGCAAUAAUAAUCUCUAAUGUUUAAAUUGUUUUAUAGAUAGGUUAGCAAAUUUCUCAUAUGUAUUUUAAGUUUAUUAUGAAUUAUGUUAUUGUAUGAUUAUGUGUUAUUCAACAUAAUGGUUUAUUGGAAAACAAAUAUAUAUUAUGAUUAACAUCAUCUAUUCAACGUAAAUCCAUAAAACCAUCUUUUACGGGUAUACAAUUAAAAUGUAUGUACAUACAAUUUUACUAUUUUAUAAGUGCCAUGAUUUAUAGUUAAAUACGGGAUUGUUAUUUUUUUCUGGAUUUAUUUUACAAUGUCAAAUAAUAAAAAUGUAAGGGAUAUAUUAUUUAUUUUUGUAAUUGAUGUUUACAUUAUCAAAUGAAUUUGGUUUUUGUUGUACAAAAUAAUAGAGC